AUGGAAGAAGUCGAUAGUGCAUUAGUUGAUAAUGUUAAAUCCUUUGCUGCCGGAGGAUUUGGUGGUAUUUGUGCAGUUUUAACUGGUCACCCAUUUGAUUUAGUUAAAGUUAGAUUACAAACUGGGGUAUAUGAUAGUGCUAUUAAAGGGGUUAAAUCUACUUUAGUUAAAGAAGGAUUGCCAGGAUUUUAUCGUGGUGUUUUACCACCAUUGUUAGGGGUUACACCAAUGUUUGCUGUUUCUUUCUGGGGUUAUGAUGUUGGUAAAAGAAUUGUGUCAUCAUAUACUGGAGUUAAAUCGAGUGAUUUCACCAUUGCUCAAAUUUCAACUGCUGGUUUCUUAUCGGCUAUUCCAACAACUUUAGUUGCUGCACCAUUCGAAAGAGUGAAAGUCAUGAUGCAAAUCCAAGAUGGUAAAAAAUCAUCAAUGGGUGCUGUUAUUGGUGAAAUGUAUAGAACCGGAGGUAUUAGAUCUAUUUUCAAAGGAUCUGUUGCUACUUUAGCAAGAGAUGGACCUGGUUCAGCUUUAUACUUCGCUACAUAUGAAUAUUUAAAAGCCAAAUUAACUGUUCCUGGUCAAGAUAUGUCAUUAUUAAGUAUUUCAAUAGCUGGGGGAUUUGCUGGGGUUGCUAUGUGGUUAGGUGUUUUCCCAAUUGAUACUAUCAAAUCAACUCAACAAUCUUCUAACACUAGUGUUUCAAUUGUUCAAACUACUAAAAAUAUUUAUGCUAGAGGUGGUAUUAAAGCUUUCUUCCCUGGUGUUGGUCCUGCUUUAGCCAGAUCUUUCCCUGCAAAUGCUGCUACUUUCGUCGGUGUCGAAAUAGCUACUAACUUCUUGAAUUCUGUAAUUUAA